UGUAUUGGCCGUAAAUCGAGCCCACGCGCGAGCGCGCAGUGAUUGGUGGGGUGCACCAGCGUGGCCGUGGGCUCACUGGGCGCAAUAAUUUCUCCCGUAGUCAAUCCUUAUCCGCCACCUCGUCACCUCGUUUAUCGCCUCCUCCCGGUGACAAGACAACCGGACAGGUCAUUUUUAGGGCAUUUGCCAUUUCAACUGCAAGUUCCCGUCACCCACGUUAUCAUUAGCCCCAGUUACCAACGUGUUAAUCAAUUAUCGUAACACGUGGGAGUUACUGUCACGCUUCUCCUCCCCAAGAGUUGACGAUACCAUGCGGUGACGGGAUUCAUGUCGGCGCUAUAGCUAAGCACCAAAUAAUACUGUCUCCAAAGGUAGCUUGGGAGAGAAACAGAGCAAAGAGAAGGAGAAGCAGCAGCGAUGGUUCUCCUUGAGAAGCUGUGGGACGACGUGGUGGCCGGGCCUCAGCCCGAAAAAGGCCUCGGAAAGCUGAGGAAGAAGGUCUCCACCAAGCCUCUGGUCAUCAAAGAUGGGGAGGGGGAGAGCAGCAAGUAUCAGAGGUCGAUGUCGAUGCCGACGACACCGACGACCCCGGCCACGCCGGCGACGCCCACCACACCCUCCUCUGCGCGCAAGGCGAACGUGUGGCGAAGCGUGUUCAACCCGGGGAGCAACCUAGCCACCAAGAACAUCGGUUCCAACUAUUUUGACAAGCCUCAGCCCAACUCUCCCACCGUUUACGACUGGCUGUACAGCGGUGAGACAAGGAGCAACCACCGCUGAGUAGACUUUUUGUGUGCCGAGGAGGAGGCUGGUUGGCUUCAUGGGGUGGAUGUGGAUGCACAUAAGUUUCUAGAUAUUGUGUGCUUUCUCUUCUGUUUACUGCUUUAUGUGGUUAUCUAAUGGUGUUUAUUUUGUUGUGCUAAGUAGGUUACUGUAUGGUUUGCUAAGCUGUGGGCACGAUUAAAGGUGGUAAGGAGGGUCUGUGUGUGUGUGUGUGUAUAUAUGAACACGUAUUUGGUGGUGUUGGUGCAAGCGAAAUCAUAAGCUUAUAUUGGCUGUGUCCUAAAUAUGAGUUUCCAAGAUCCUCUUUUUCUUAGAGAUUAAAGGUAUUAAUUUUACUAAGAUUUUUUCGUA